AUGCGCACUAUCUUCAUUGCCCUCUACGCAACCAUCGCGGCUGCAUCAGCCGCGCUGGUGGUCGGUGCUCCCGUUGAACCCACUGCAGACGCAGAAUUUGUGGACGACGGUGGAUGGUUUGUCGCAAGUCCCGAACUUCUCUCUCCAGGAGAGUAA